GGAAACAGCAGGACUUGUAUUUAUUCGGGCUUUUCAUGCAGGACACUCACUGAGCGUUCUAGUGGAGGUAGACAGCUUCUCAAGCCAGAAAUAUCCAAAGCAAGCUUCCCAAAAGGAAAGAAGAAAAAAAAUGAGCACCAAGGGAAAGGUUAUUAAAUGCAAAGCAGCUGUUGCCUGGGAAGCAGGUAAGCCCUUGUCUAUUGAAGAAGUGGAAGUGGCUCCGCCUAAGGCUCAUGAAGUUCGAAUACAGGUAAUCGCCACUUCCGUCUGCCAUACUGAUGCUUUUAAUAUCGAUCCUAAUUUCAAGAAUGAUUUGUUCCCAGUGAUUAUGGGCCAUGAGUGUGCAGGAAUUGUGGAAAGCAUUGGACCAGGAGUGACCAACUUCAAACCAGGUGACAAAGUAAUUCCAUUCUUUACACCUCAGUGUAAAAAAUGCAAGUUCUGUCUGAGUCCACGGACAAACAUUUGUGGAAAAAUGAGUAAUUUGAAAACUCCUGUCUCUGAUCAAAAUCUAAUGGAAGAUAAAACCAGCAGGUUUACCUGCAAAGGAAAGCCAGUUUACCAUUUCAUGGGAGUCAGCGCAUUCUCUCAGUACACGGUGGUAUCUGAUGUCAACCUUGCCAAAAUAGAUGAUGAUGCAAAUUUAGAGCGUGUGUGUCUGUUUGGAUGUGGGUUUUCAUCUGGCUAUGGUGCAGCAAUCAACACUGCCAAGGUCACCCCUGGUUCUACCUGUGCUGUCUUUGGCCUAGGAGGAGUAGGUCUUGCUGCUGUGAUUGGCUGUAAAACAGCAGGAGCUUCCAGAAUCAUUGUUACAGACAUCAACAAUGAGAAGUUUACUCGGGCCAAAGCCCUGGGAGCAACUGAUUGCCUAAAUCCUAGAGAGCUAGACAAACCCAUCCAGGAAGUCAUCAUUGAAAUGACCAAUGGCGGGGUGGACUUUGCCAUUGAGUGUAUAGGAGGAUAUCAACACAUGAGAGCAGCUCUAGACUCCACAUCAGCACGUGGGGGAACCUGUACUUUGGUCGGAGUAAAGGCUGGCGACAAACCAUUGGAUGUAUCUGCAGAGGAGCUAAUAGUGGGCCGUACUUUAAAUGCAACGUUCUUUGGAGGGUGGAAGUCUGUAGAUUCUAUCCCAAAGCUGGUUAAUGACUACAAGAAUAAGAAAUUCAAUCUGGAUCUCUUUGUGACCCACACCCUGCCUUUUGACAAAGUCAAUGAAGCAUUUGACUUAAUGAACCAAGGAAAAAGCAUCCGAACAAUUAUGACCUUUUGAAGAUCCCAGGAACAAUUUGGAAGAUCUGACUGUCUUGAUUAAUAUAAUAAAUCAAAGGAAGGAUGAGUUUUAAAUAGUCUCAGUUAAUAUCUCAACAUAAAAUAGCAAUUAAGAGUAUAAGCAUCUAUAAUCACCAAGUAUUUUCAGACUUACCUGUGUUAACAAUGAGAACUAAAGUGUUCAAGAAUAGAAUCAGAGGAUGUUUAGGAAUUGUCUAAAACUAGUCUUGGGGAGAAAGAAUUAAAGAAUAAAUCAACUUGGAUUUUUCUAUGUUUAUAAUUUUCAAGUUAGCUAAUGAAUAUAUGGAGUUGAAAUAUACUACUCUCUUCAUUUUUGUCUAUGUUGAAGUUUUUCUCCAAAAAUUUUUUUACUGGAAAUUAUCACUGUGUAUCACUAUGUUGAUCAUACACAUAUAUAAAAUGAUGUUAUAUUAUUUGUGUUCUAAUAAGCCACAAGGUGUUCUUUUUAAAUAAUUUGCCAAAUAAUUUUCUUUUUAAUUCAUCUUCUCUUGUCCCCAUUACUAUAACCAGAAGUAAUGAGAUAUCACAACCUACAUAAACAAGUAUUUUUUAAAGGAAAAUGA